AUGUCUCACGACCUGCAUCGAAAGCCGACAGGCGAAAGUAGUCGUGGUGUGUCCUUGCCACGCAGACUGACCCAGCCUUUCCACCAACAAAGCAAGAAAACGGAGCCAAAGUACAAGCUCUAUCGAGAAAGUUACGGAGUGUACAGCGGCAUGACGUGGGACAAGCUCAAAGGAUAUCUGGAGCAAAAAUUCCCCCAAUCAAAAUAUCCUGGGCUCGAAUUCAACGAAGACUGUGCGCUUGACCAUUGGAUCUUUGAGGUGCCAGAGCCUCUUACUGAUGAAGACAAAAGAGAGCUGCGAAGGCUGAGGGAUAAGCCAACAGCUCCAGGUAGCACCCAGCAAGCGCCAGCCACGUCUCAGGAGAAACGUCGGUCAGUCUCUCCUGAAUAG